AUGAAUCACAAAUUUGUGGAGACCGUGCAGUGUGGCAACCUUGUAGUCAUUCAGCAGCAUGCCACAAUCAUCAGCAAAGAAGAGGAGAUGGCAGAGCUGACACAAGAGCGCAACGACGCAUACGAUGCGUAUGCACUAGCGGAUGAGAAGCGCAUCGAGCUGCAGACACAGGUCAAGGAUGCUCAGAAUCGCGCAGACUGGGCCAUUCAACAAUUUGAGGAUGCGCAUGAAGGCUACCAGCGCUCUGAAGCCAAAAAAAGCGCCUUGGAAACGGAAAACAGGAUCUGCUUGGCCAAACUACCCAGCUUCAUUGCAAAGCUGGAAGAUGAUGUUGCAAAGGAGGUCAGCAAGAAAUUCUGGGUGCUGGACCAGAAGAAGCAGGCGGAGGAACAAGUGCAGAAAGAGGCAGAAGAGCACCAGGUUGUAAGAGGCAAGAGCCAAGCGGAACAGGAUUGA